AUGGCUUCCGAACCUCGACAGUAUCAUCCCUUGACCUGCCACGGUCAUUCUCGACCUGUCCCGCACAUUGCCUUUUCGGCCAUCGAGAAGGACCUCGAGAAGAAUGAUGUCUACUACAUGAUCUCAGCCUGCAAAGAUGGCAACCCUAUGCUUCGCAACGGCAUUACUGGCGACUGGAUCGGCACUUUUAUAGGCCACAAAGGUGCUGUUUGGCAGGCUAGACUCAGUCCUGAUGCCUCCAACGCAGCAACUGCAUCGGCUGAUUUUACAGCCAAGAUUUGGGACACCUACACCGGCGAGUUGCUCUACACUCUCCAGCACGACCACAUUGUGCGCGCUAUCGCGUACCCACCUGACAACUCCGAUCUCAUCGCGACUGGUGGCAUGGAAAAGAAGCUGCGCAUCUUUGAUCUUACAGAGCUCGCUGGUUCUGGAUCCGGAUCUCCUGCCACAAUCCCUGCCUCGACUGGUUUCGAGAUCGGCGAGGGUGUUCAUACUGGCUCCAUCAAGUUUAUCUGCUGGACUCAGGACCCCAAUGUUGUCGUGACCGCGUCCGACAAGACGAUCCGAUGGCUCGACUUGCCUAGUCGAGCCUGCAUCCGACACGAGGUGCUCGAUGGAGACAUCAAGUCCUGCGAGAUGGUGUCUUUAGCUCCUCAGUACGCCUCACCCAGCGAUAUUGGUGGUGGAAAGCCAGUGCUUGCUGUCGCUGCCGGGAAGACUGCGUACUUCUGGGGUGGUGUUAAGGCAAUGGAUGAGCUGAAACGCAUUACCCUGCCCUACACAAUCGCCAGUGUGACGCUCGACGUCAAGGGACGCAAACUGGUAGUUGGCGAGGAACCUGGCACUUGGGCCAAGGUUAUUCGAUAUGACGAGGGUACGGAAAUUGACACCCACAAAGGACAUCACGGUCCAAUCUGGUCAAUCGCCUUCUCCCCUGACGGCAAACUUUAUGCCACCGGAUCAGAAGACGGUACGAUCAAACUAUGGAAGAACUGUGAGGGAUUCUACGGCCUUUGGCGUGGAGGCACUGAGCGAGCUGCUGAGUAG